AUGGCGGACGGCGGCUUCGACUCUUCUGCUUCUUCUUCCACCGCUUCGGAGACGAGGAUGUCGACUGAUAACGUUCCUGUUGACAACUGUGAUGUAAGUUAUUGCAGAUAUAUGUUUUAUUCGACCUUCUUUUAAGCGGAUCUUGAGAUCACGCGUCCAAUCUUAGCUCACUUUCUCGCGUGUUCUUUGACUUUUGAAAGGAGCACCGCUCUCUUCGAUGCAUAAAUUCUUGCGUUGGAAGAGCAUAUUUUACCGCUCAGCCGCCACUCUCAACAUUUUUUUUAAAUGGCUUUCAAUUUUUGAUUUAGAUCAAACUUUUUUAUCAAAAUUUCUCAUCCAAAUUAUCAAAAUUUCACACCUCAAGACGGGUCAUCUUUUAGCGUGCCUGAGAUUCUAAGACUCUUUUGUUAAAGCCGAGAUUUUUAGACUCAGUGAUAUUUUCCCAGUAGCAUCAUUUUCAUCCCGUAAAUUAAUUCCAAGCUAAUUUGUAAAGGGCAUUUGUUAUCAAAGGUCUUCCCAGGAGUGGGUAACUGGUCACUUUUCUACCACAUUAAAAGAUAUUUAUGGCAUCUAAGAGGCAUAGGACAUACAUGUAUUUCAGCUCAAGGUUGCUUAAGGAAGAUAUCUAUGUUGGCGUCUUUCGGCCAGCAGAAAUUGUAUGCACUUCACAGCAACAGAGGAGAAGAGUAACCUACAGUAGAAUCCCCUUUUUUGAACCUCUUGGGAAAAAGAGAAUUGGUUUGAAUUAUAGGGAGGUUGGAAAAAUCCAGGGUAAAGUUACAGUGUUGGAUUGGGGAAGAGAAUCAAUUUUAGCUUGAAUUAUUGGGAGGUUUGUGAAUCCAAGGGUUUGAGAAAUUUAGAUUCUACUGCAUAUACAUGUAGUCAAGUUGUGCAGAGAAUUGUUUUUGAAGAUAAAUAUAUUGCCACGUUGGAAGGGUUUUUAAGAAAAUCUGCUUUUUCCUUUCCGAUCGGUAAAAGUUGGAAAGGUUAAGAAUUCAUUGUGAAGUAUCGACAGAAAUUAUACGGUUUUAGAUUUUUUUUCAGUGCGUUGUUGCUAUUUAGUGUUCCAAGCUGCAAGUUAACGUCGCUGCAAGCUGCAACCAUUUUGAUUGGCAUGGCAAUUAUAAAAAUGUUUUUUUUCGAAUGGAACUGCAGCAAAAGCUACCAAUUUUGCUACCUGUGUCCUUGUUUUGUGGGUAUUAAACCCUCAUAAAAUGUGUGUGAAAAGUGCCUCAACCAAGAAUUUAUUUGUAGUGAAAAUUUGAUAUUCCUUAGUCACUGAAAGGUGACUUUGAAAUGAGUUGAGCUAGUAGCCCUGAACUAGGGGAAACUGACAAUUUAAAAAAGCACAAGUGUUCAAUUUUCAUUGGCCAAACCAUUAGGGUUUGGUAGUUAGUUUUAGUGCUCGUCUUAGUAAUGGUAGCGAUACAAUGUUUCUGUGCUCUUUCCAUUACUAUUGGGCUCCCCCACCACCUAAAAUGUAUUGGCACAGCCACUUGUUGAAAGCCACCAAAACCUGUGAGCUGUGUUUGCAAGUAAUAAGUUAUUUUUCUUCAUUUACCGACUGCUUUUGUUUGCACUUUUUAGAAUUCAUCAGAAGAAUCUCAAUCUGACCAAGAACAAGAGGUAAGGUGGACACAUACACGGUACCAUGGACUUCAUUUUCCUUUAAAACUUACAAUGAACCUUGCACCUUGUUCUUUAGGGUAAGAUUUUAGUCAUUAGUAGAUUUCAGUAUGCAUCUUGGAAAGAAAGUGUUGCCCAGCUUCACUAGGUGGCCAUUGUUAUAGUUAAAUGCAGAAUAGCAGGCCAUUUUGAUACUAUUAACCUUUUGUGUGUCAUCGCUUUCUUUGAGAAGUGUACUUCUUGUAGCAUAGAUGUUGCAGGUUAAACCAGAAUUUCCUUUGUCUCCAGCCAAUGAAUAAGUUACUAUUAGAGCUAGGAAACAAAGGAAAAAAAAUGUCACUUCUGUUGUGGGUCAUUAUUUUCUGGGGGUCCCUACUUUCGGGAUUUCCUAACACCUUUGAAAUUAUAUCGCUACUUUUGAAGGGUCGCUACUUUUGGGGAGGGUUGUUACUUUCAGAACUCUACGGUAGUAUCUACUUUGCUUCUGAUAGCAAGCGGCACUGCUAUAACUACAAUAUUACCGUUUUUAUCGGCGAACGUUGUUACCUGCAUGUAUUGUAAUGAGGCUUUAAUAAGAUAAGAUAGUACAUGUACAUAAGAAUAUUAUCAUGUGAGAGAUAAUAACAAAUUGUAAAAAAUUAUUUUUCGCAUUUUGCUUUUAGUGGUAUAUUAUAAUUUGGUCUAUAAUUUGGCCUAUGUAAAUUUGCAUUUGCCUUUUUUAUUACUUUCAUUUUGGGGCAGUUACAGAGAUGUGGCUGCUUUCCUCUCCCAUCAAAUGUAACUAGUGUAGUUUUCCUUGAGAGUGAGUAAAGCUUUCAAGGAAAUGAUGAAAAUGUUUAAUGCUGUAUCGUUUACUUCAUGACAACAUCACAUUAAAAUUUUUCGUUUGCUUUUGUUACAGAGUUCAGAGGGGCCAGAAUCUGAGGGGGAGGAAAUAUCCAGUGAGGACAGUGACAAUGAUGAAGUGAGUGAGACAAGGCAGAUAAUUUCCUUAUUAAUAAGGGAAUAAAUUCUUGAUGUUAUUUAUUUGUCCUUUAUAUUGGUUUAAAAAGUUUAAACAGGGUAAAAGGUUUGUAUAUUGGAUGGCAAAGCCUUGUUUCUAGACAAAGCUUUUCCAAUCUUUUUAAAAUCUGUCACAUAUCACUAAUCUCUCAGUCAAUGUGAGUGUCUACCCAAAUAGCAGUGUUGCUAAUCUUAUUGCACUCUGUGUUCUGAUCUUUAAUUUGUAAGACUUAUCACUUUUUAUGAUUGACAAGGUCAUGUCACCUGACAGAGUUUUGCUAAGGGACUGUAAGUGUAUUCUCUCCUUGGCAACACAACUGUAUAUUAAUAAUAAAGAAGAGUAAUAUGAGGAAAGUAUUUUAUUAAUGAAAUUAAACGCUUGGCUACCUAUAAAUUUUAAGGAUCCCAGGAGGGGCAUAUAAUAGAUAAGAGGCAUUUCUUAGAGAGGCAAACACCCUAAGCAUUAUGACAAACGUGCUUGACAAAUAACAGUUGUUAACUUAUUAAGUACAGAGAUCAAGAAGAUCAAAGAGCGGUAUUCCAACUUCGAACCUGACAUUGAACAAUUUUCUAUACCCAAUUCCUUGUUAAUUAAGCCAUUUUGCUCUACUACGGCAUUCCCCAGUAUUUUGGAAUAACUUUUUAUGGGGGCAUCUAUUAGACAUGGGGCGUUUAUUGAAGAGGGGCUUCUAAUGUGAACCUCACACAGAGGGAAGGGUGUUUAUUAAUUCCCUUUUUAUUGUUUAUAAUUUUUCAAUUUUAAUACGUAGGUUUUUUUGCCUCAAUAAAAUUGCUCUUCAAUUAGAAUAAUUCAUGCUGUUUUUGUUUUUAGGAAACAGAUCUUGGUAAGGCUCUUGCUGCUUUGCGAGCACGAGACACAAUCAAUGAUGUUCUGAAGAAUCCAGUGCCAUCUGCAACACAGUUAAUCAUUGAUUAUGAACAAAUGGUUGGAGUGUUGCACCAAGACUGCCAUCAAGCGCCACAGACAAGGACAUUAUUUGGUUCCCCUAGAUCUGCUGCCCUUGUGAAUCUCAUGACAAAUGUCACGGAGCAGCUUGAGGGUUAUCAGUCAGAGAGUGACAUCGGUCCUGCCCUUCAUGCAGCAAGACAAGUAGCAUAUUGGUCUUCCGUGUUUGUCUCAAUGAUGUCUGACAAUGCUUCCUCCAUCCUUGACACAAGCAAUGGAUAUUCAGCAUGUACAACUGCCACCUUAACC